ACAAUGAAAUAAAAUUGAUUAAUUAUAAUUAGAAAUAUCAGAUACGGCAUUCGGAACACCUCGGCCGAUUCUCUACGGUCAUCUAACCUCUGAUGUAUCACGGUAUUUGAUAUGUAUAAACGCCGUGCAAUUGUGAUGCGGUCGCCGUAUCACUCAUUAUGGAUGAGUCUCCGCUGUGCAUAUAGAUCUCCAAAAUGGCGUCAUUCGAACAGUGUUUAAAGUAUUCUCUCGAUAAUUGUCCUUUAUUUAAAGAAAAGAAGAUCACAUUGAAGGAGAAACAGACUGAGACGUUGAGAGCAUUGUACGAAGAUCAUGACUGUGUGUCGGUAUUACCCACAGGCUACGGUAAAAGUGUAAUAUUUCAGCUCUUACCGUGGUUUUGUCAGCUGAAAAUGGAGAAACGGAAACCAAUGAGCGUGAUAGUCGUGUCCCCGCUAAAUUCCCUAAUCCAGGACCAAGUCAUUGCAAUGAGGAAGAAGGGAUUAAAUGCUUGCAGUUUGAACUUCACUGGUACUCAUGGCUCAACUUAUGAAGAUGCGGAUUGCGAGAACGAUGAGGAACAGGAUCAUGAAUAUGUUGAAAUUGAUGUUCCAUUUGAGCAACUGGAGAGAGGAGACUUUUGCAUGAUUUAUUGUCAUCCAGAGGCACUAUUGAAGACCAGAUUUUCUCGACUUCUUAGGUCUCAACUGUACCAAGAGAUCAUUUGUGCAGUAAUCAUAGAUGAAGUCCAUAUGGUUUCAGAAUGGGGAGAAGAAUUCCGUCCUGCAUUCCAGAAGUUUGGGGAGUUAAUGUGCAUUCUAGAGAAGGCUUUGCAUUUAAUUCUGACAGCAACUGCUACACCCAAAUCAAUUGCAAGUCUAGCUAAAGAGCUGAAUUUGAAAAAUCCACUUGUUAUCAGUGAGAAUGUGGAUCGUCCAAACAUAUUUAUAGACAUUAGAAACAGAUUGCCAAACAUUCAUAAAUUUGACAAAUUUGAUGACUUGAUAGAACCUGUGGCAACAGAAUUGCUGGAAAAAGGAGUUCAUUUUCCAGUGACCAUAAUGUAUGUGGAAAGUUUGGAAGCAUUGUCUUAUUUUUAUCAGUUUCUUUCGUAUAAACUUAAGGGUGCCAGCUACGAUGGUGAGGAAAUCCCACAGAAUAGAAUAUAUGCUCAAUACCACAAAGAUUAUGCAGAGUCCAUGAAGAAAAUCAUUAUUCAGGAACUGACCAAAGAAACCCCUAAAGUCAGAUUAGUUUUGGCAACUGUUGCACUGGGAAUGGGGCUCAAUGCCCCAAGUGUUUCACGUAUCAUUCAUUGCAGGCCCCCAACAACACUGGAGAAAUACCUACAAGAAAUCGGUCGUGCUGGACGUGUUGGACAACCAUCAGUGGCAAUUCUUUUUUACAACAAAAAUGAUAUUGCAAAAAACAGAAUCGGUAUGACAGAAGAAAUGAGGAAGUUUUGUGAAAGUGAAACAUGUUAUAGAAUUAUUCUUGUGAAUUACUUUGGAUUUGAAAGUGUUGUUUUUUCAGGACCAAAGGAACAUUGUUGCUCCAUUUGUAGCAGAAAAUGACUCGUCAUUACUGACUGUAUAUAUGAUUUCUCCCGUCAAGUGUGAUUUUAAGCCAUUCGCUGCAUCUAGUGACAUACACAUCAUUCUUGUGGAUUCUGUUGCUGUAUAAAGUAGAUUCUUAAGACAAUUGUUCACAGGGAUUAUAUUUAAUGCCAGGGAUAGUGACACUCUCACUAUGUCUGUAUGUUAUGAUCACUUUUGCAGAGAUUAUUUCCUGUGAGAAACCAUUCAAUAACACUCUCACAAUAACAUCAGUUUCUUUGUUUGUUCUGAUGGAUAUAAACUGCCAUAGCAACCAUAAUUUUGUUGUUAACAAGAAGCCUACAUCCAUUACCUAAAAGCCUAAAACCAUUACCCAGGAACCUAUGCCCAUUACACAGAAACCUACAGCCAUUACUCAGGAGCCUACGAUCAUUACCCAGAAGCCUACCACCAUAACCCUACGACCAUAACGCAGAACCCUACCACCAUUACCCAGCAGAC